CAACUAAAUAGUCACCGUUUGCUCAAGAUCGAGGAACAACGUUUAAGCGUUUAUGACAGUGACUGUGUUUGUGAAUGGAUAAAUUGUUUCUGUAAUAAAAUUGUCAUAUUUCUCAAUUUACAAUUUCGUACAUUCACAUUUUUUUUUUUAUUGCUUAGAUGGGUGGAUGAGCUCACAGUCCACCUGAUGUUAAGUGUUUACUGAGCCCAUAGACAUCUACAACGUAAAUGCGCCACCCACCUUGAGAUAUAAGUUCUAAGAUAUCAGUAUAGUUACAACGGCUGCCCCACCCUUCAAACCGAAACGCAUUACUGUUUCACAGCAGAAAAUAGGCGGGGCGGUGGUACCUACCCGCGCGGACUCCCUCCGAGAGGUCCUACCACCAGUAAUUACGCUAAUUAUAAUUUUGCGGGUUUGAUUUUUAUUACACGUUGUUAUUCCUUCACCAUGGAAGUCAAUCGUGAACAUUUGUUAAGUACGUAUUUCAUUAGAAAAAUUGGUACCCGCCUGCAGGAUUCGAACACCGGUGCAUCGCUAGAUCCGAAUCUGCACCAGACGUCUUAUCCUUUAGGCCACGACGUUGGCCAUAUUGUGUGACCCAAGGGUACAAUAAUAAUGAAUAUGGCAAUUUUGCAUAUUGUCGACCCCGAUUAAUGGAAUAGUGGAAUAUUCAUGAUUUUUUUCCGUCCUUUACUUGUUUUAUCCCUACCUAUACUGAUAGCCUUGAGAGGCUAUUUCAGUUAAGCCCUAACUAGUUGCUAACACUGGCCCUAGCAAGAGCAGUGCUUCGCAGAAUCUACCACCGGAUCGGAAACGCGACCCAAUGAGAAGAUCCGGCGAGAAACUCAGUGAGCUGUGUCUGCGGGUUAAUUCGCUCGUCGAGCCCUUCGAGCGGCGGGUUCGACGAGGACGGUGAUCGGUGCUUGUGGUACCUAAAACACCGUUAAUGGAUCGGGAGGAUCCAUAAUGACGUGAGUCCUUUACAAUUGACAGUUCCUACAAUAGAACACUUAGAACGUUUUACACAAACGUUUUUGAUUUCUGUACAAUACAAUUUUUUAAGUAUUAUUUGCCACCUUCAAAACUGCCGCUAGUGCUUCGCAGAAUCUACCACCGGAUCGGAAACGCGACCCACUGAGAACAUCCGGCGAGAAACUCAGUGGGCUGUCUGUGGGUUAAUUGACUCGUCGAGCCCUUCGUCGCAAGCGACGGAUUCGACGAGAACCAUAAAGGGGGCUUGAGAUACCUAAAAGCACCGUUAGUGGAUCGGGAGGAUCCGAAAUGACGUAUUUUGGACAACGUCUACUGUUUACCAUUCGGUCCGCAGGAUCGGAAAUGUAGUUACCGGCGGCCACGAUGAGAGGGUUCUCGUGUCGUGCCGCUUUCGCGAAAUAGCGCACUGAUGCUGACUGUAGAUUCUGAUACUUACUGAUGGACUCUAGGUCCAUGUCAUCGUGGAGGUCCACGUUUCGGAUGUACCAUGGGGUGUGUCGUGUCUGUUGUGCGACAAUAGUCACUCGUAUUUAUACCUAGUAAAAAGUGGCGGUCGCUUAGUUACUUAUGAAUACCGUCUUAAACAAUUGUUUACACGGGUUGGGCUUAUCAUAGUCAACCAACUAUGUGAAUAUUAAGGAGACAGUUAACUUUAAUUAAUCUUAGUUAACUAAAUGCAAUGUUGCGCCGAUAUAUAUAUUGAAGUAAUCUUCUAAUUUUAUUUUGAAGUAAUCUUUAUAAACAAUUUUAUUAUAUUUUUGUAAAGCAAGCAACAUGCUAUAGGCAUCGCUGUAUAAGUUCUUUGGCUUUUUUAAUGGAGAGAUCAAAUAAAAAUUGCAAAAAAAAACCGUGACUCCAAAAUCAUGAAUGUCAUAGGCACUGACCUAAUACCUACUGUCACUUGCACUAUCUACACUUACUUAUACUUCAGUGAUCUCCAGGACUUUUUGGCGGAAACGCGAGGAGUGAAGUUGUGUGAUUUGUUUUAUUUUGUCUAUUUAGUGUUUCUUCGGGUUUAAAUGUGUAAUAAUGGUGGUUUAUUAACUGUUUAAUAUCUGUGAAAGUGCACAAAUGUGGGAAAAUGAAACAAAGCCGCUGGACUAACUUCUCGGGAUCCUCCAAAAAGUCCACUGAAAAAAUCUUAGUAAAUGACCACCAUUUUACUGAGAUUAUAUUUCAUCUCAUAUCAUCUCAUUUAAUUUCAUCCCAGUUGAUUAAUGUCUCAAAUUAAUCAUCUUCAUUUCAUUUCACUCCAUAAUAUCAUUUAUCAUAAAAAUAUAAUUAUACAUUAAAAUAAGACAUGACUUAAAGGUCUCAGUUACCAGGUCAUAAAAUCCCUUAAAAAAAAAAGUGAUCUCCAUACAAUGUUUUGUCUAUGCUGUCAAUAGCAAAAAAAGUACAAUGUAAAUACGGAUAAAUUGUUUGGCAUUACUAAAUAAAUUAAAAAUUAAAGAUAACAUGCUAAAAUGUUGGAUUUAAAGGCCUGUUUUGUAUGCUUUAGUGUUGAAACAAAGUUAAUUAAUUUGGAUCGAGAGAAAGUGAGAAAAGAUUUUAACUUGAUUUCCGGUCUUCAGACUAAGCCUGGUGAAGGCCUUCCAGAAUACUUGUGUGUGUAUUGUUUGGCCUUUGUAAAACGCUCAAUUAAGUUCCGAGAAAAAUGUAAGAGAGCUCAUUUUGCUUUACAAGAAAUUCUGCAAAACUGUAAAGAGAUAAAAACAUAUCACUUAACAUCAUUUGAUGGAAAACGUCUGGGCAUUGGACCCCAGCUAUCCUAUGUGGACCUAGACAAAACUCACUAUGAACAAACAAAAUUUCAAUGGGUGAAACAUAAUCGGAUCAUUACAACUACAGGUGACAUAAUCCCAGUAGCUCACUGCAGUACACUGGCAAACCAAGACAUAUUUUUUGAAAUAGAAGUAAAGAAUAAUGAAUUAUCUGAGAAAGUCAAAACAGAAGUUGUAGAAGAGCAAUUUGUGAAAAGUUUUACAAAAAAUGAAACAUAUGAAGACACAAAUCUAGAUGCCGGAGCUGAUGAUGAUUAUUAUGACACAGAAGUUCAGAAUGACAGUGAUGGCCAGGAGACAUUAUUUCCUGUUAUGUCUUGUGACAUUAAUAAGGAUGAAAAUGACAAGGCCGAUGAGGAAUACGCAAAUGUAUAUCCUAUAUCAGUGAAAGAAGCAAAAGCAGCAUUAGAGGUUCAUAGGUUGUAUAGCAGUAAUGGGAAGCAUAUGUGUUCAAUUUGUAGUAAAAGACAUAACAGUGCCGAACGUCACAAAAUACAUUUGAGGAUGCAUGAUAAGCACAUUAGCGGCAAAUAUCAUUGCAAAAUAUGUAAUUAUUAUUACAAAACGGAAUUUCUUCUACAGUCACACAUGACUGAGAAACACAUGUACAAAUAUGUUUGUACUAAAUGUAAGGAGGUCAAUUUUGAUAGAGCUUCAGCAAAACAGCAUUUCAUAUGGACUCACAUGCAGAAAGGACACAAAAAAGAUGAUACUUGGUACAAAAACAGACCGACGUGGCUUAGUUCCAGAGGAGGCAAACGGAUUAAAGGCUCAAAACACAGCAAAACUCCUGUGACUACCAGUAGAAAAUUCUCAAAGCUUCCGGAAGACUUCCUAGUUUAUUCUCCCAUAAGUCAUUUAGAACAAUACCAGCUAGUACAGGACAGAAAAAAGACAAAUAACUAUUUGGAUUCACUUUUCAAAUGCGAACUGUGUUAUAGAGGCUUUAGGGAAUCCACUACAUAUGAAAAGCAUAUGAAGAAACAUGAUCCGACCGUAUCUGGUAAUGUUCAAUGUGAUAUGUGCAAACUGUAUUUCUUGAAUCAAAGGAAACUCUACAAGCAUAUGAGUUGUACGCAUCUAUUCAAGUAUUCAUGUCGUUUGUGCAGUUUCGUAUGCGUCAAUAGGGGUCAAGCGCAUGCGCAUUACAGAUGGCACAAAAAUGUAACGUACCCCUGUCCGCACUGUGAUAAAGUAUUCAAAAAAAUAUCAACGCAGCUAACACACAUACGACUGAAACACCCUUCGAACAACAUCUGCAAUCUGUGCGGGCACAGCUUCGUCGGUGAGAACGGACUGUACUGUCACAAGCAGAUCGCGCACUCAGUAGAGGAGAGGGAACUGAGUCAGUCUGUGUCUGUGAACCCUUCGGACUCCAUGUACUGUGCCGCCUGCGGGAUACAGUUCCUCAACGAGGAAGCGUUCAACACGCAUCUGGGCAGCUCCAAUAAACACGCCACCGUCAAUGAGUCGAUACUGAUGAAGCGCAAGCCGGGCGCGGCGCGGGGCGGGGGGCGCGGGCGGCCGGCGCGCACGCACGCGCUCGCCUCGCACAUCGUCAACAACGGGCUCACCACCUCCACCAACUGUGAAGUCUGCGGCAAGUUCCUGUCGAACGACGUGCAGGCGCGCAAGCAUUACGAGACCGAGCACCCCGGCACCGAGUACCUCAAGCGGUACAUGUGCGACGUGUGCGGACACACCACGCGGCAAUACGCGAACCUGAUGGUCCACAUGCGGACGCACACGAAUGAGAAGCCGUACGAGUGUCCGCAGUGCGACCGGAGGUUCAGCAUGCCCAGCAACCGAGACAGGCACAUAGCGGUCCACACCGGCGAGAAGCGUUACCAGUGUCACCACUGCAACAGACGGUUCACGCAGAGCAACGCGGUGAAGCUUCACAUCCAGACCGUUCACCUGAAGAUCCCCUACGCGCCCUGGGACAAGAAGAACCGGAAGCGGCGCAAAGACGUGGAGCCUGCCCCCGCGCCCCCCGCGCUGCCCUGCCCCCCGCCGCAACACAAGGUGCUGCUGGAGGCGCAGGGAGACUACCUCAACGCCUACAUCACGUACAACGAUGUGUGAUGUUAUCUAUCUAUAUAUGUAUGAAGUCGUCGUGGCCUAAAAGAUAAGACAUCCGGUGCAUUCGUAUCUAGCGAUGCACCGGUGUUCGAAUCCCGCAGGCGGGUACCAAUUUUUCUAAUGAAAUACAUACUCGACAAAUGCUCACGAUUGAUUUCCACGUUGAAGGAGUAACAUCGUGUAAUAAAAAUCAAACCUGCAAAAUUAUAAUUUGCGUAAUUCCUGGUGGUAGGACCUCUUGUGAGUCCGCGCGGGUAGGUACCACCACCCGCCUAUUUCUGCCGUGAAGCAGUAAUGCGUUUUGGUUUAAAGGGCGGGGCAACCGUUGUAACUAUACUUAAAACUGAUACCUCAAGGUUGGUGGCGCAUUUACGUCGUAGAUGUCUAUGGGCUCCAGUAACCGCUUAACACCAGGUGAGCUGUGAGCUCGUCCACCCAUCUGAGCAAAAAAAAAAUUGCUUUCCACCAUCCGAUCACAGACCCCAAAGGAUAACUCGGUGGCCCAAUCUGAAGAUCUGAAAAUUUCAUGGUAAUCGAUGAAGCUGCUUCUAUAGGAAACAUACAUACACAGAUCGACUUUUAUAUGUACUUAUAGAUAAAUAUAUAUCGUCUGGUAAAAUGAUAUUUGGUUUAAGCGAUAUUUCGCUUAAUACGCGAUUUUUACUAAAGUAAGGCCAACGAGACGAGAUAAAAAAUGUAAACAAAGUUUCAGGAGUAAAAAACAUUUUUAUUUAAAUAAAUUAUUACAAAGUUCGAAUUUUAAUCGCUGUCAUCUGUACUAGACAAAGAUGAUUCGUCGGAAGAGUCCGAGUCAGCUGUGUUUAUGAUAAAACUAUCUAUUGUAUUAUCAAUCAUGUUGUCAAUAUUGCUAUAAAAAUUGUCCUCGACUUUUAUAACAUGAUCCACGCAUGAUAACGCAAUCCAAACAGGAAUGAACUUGUUCACAAAAUGGCGGACCAAAUGUUGACAACUGCGGUAGUCAGUGCUUUCCUGUACCACGAAACACACAACGACAGCUGUUGUCGACCAACUGACGCCAUAACUGCGCGUACGAGUGAUAAGGACAGAGAUAAUAAUCCCUCGCUAUCGCAAUGUAACUCAGUAACGGUCCGCUUGUUUACGUUUAUUAUCUCGUCUGGUUGGCCUAAGUUUAGGUGCAUUUUAUUUGGUAUUAACGGUUUGCGCUUAGAACUUCAAUGAAGUAUACUCCUUUCAAAUAGCUAAAGAAGUUUUUUUAUCGAAAUUUUAAACUUUAAAUGACUCUCCUGUAAAGUUGCAAAAUAUGUCGCUUAAACUAAAUAACUUUUCACCCCCUCAAAUUAUGUUUGUCGUCUAUGCGUUUGUCAACUGUUCGAUUGUAAAGAAACUUGUAUAGUUUUAGUUCGCGCUCCGAGUUUCCGUCAUAGUACCAACAACGUGCGACAGGUGGCGCGAUUAGUUUAAGGAAAAAGAAAUUGUGUUAUUCAUACAAUUUGCUGCAUCUUAUCAGUUGAGUGUGAUCGAUCUACUCUAGUGAACAUAAAAUAUUAGGCUGUAUGGUAUAUGCACCUUCGCCUUUUCAGUUGGAAAAAUAAAAACUACUACUACUACUCUACUCUAGUGUGUUAUAUUGUAAAAUGCGGCGCUUCGAUUGAAGAGGCAGUCGCUAGUGAAUUGUGUACUAGUUUGAACCAUUUCGAAACUAGAUGCUUUUCAUUGAGAUAUAUGAUCCAAAAGUCAUGUUCGUAGUGAGGUCUGAAAGUUAACUGAUGGUUAGCUGCGCAUUUAAUACUCAAUGCAACCCCCUCAAUGCAGCUCCCUCUCCGGUCAGUCCUAAGAUGGGUGGAUGAGCUCACGGCCCACCUGUUGUAAAGUGGUAACCGGAGCCACAGACAUCGACAACGUAUAUGCCGCAACCCACUUUCAGACAUGAGCUGUAAGUGUCCGUUUUUUAGUACAAUGGCUGCCCAACCCUUCAAACCAAAAGGCAUUACUGCUUCACGGCAGAAAUAUAGCAAAGGCAUAAAGCAUUCUAAAUGAAAAUCAGUUUAAUGUCUUUUUUAAGAAAUAAUCUUUAUUCGUGUUUUAAUCCUUAUAACAAAAGCGAAGAAUAUAUUAAGUAAAAACUCUCGCGCUCUGAUCAGGAUGUAAAGUGAUUGUUCCUGAGACUAAGGAAUAAAGUGAACAAUAUUCAUAACUCAUAUAAAAUGAACAAUAUUCAUGUAAAUAAUUUAUGCAUUACCUACUUUUUUUUUUAAAGUUCAAUAGUAGCAGGGUGUAGUGUGAGCCCACACGGGCGAGUACCCCUGUCUAGCCCGUUUCUGCUGCAAAGCAAUGCGGUGUAAGGACUGACCUUGACUCAAGAUCGAUGGUGGCACUCACGUUGUGCCCCGGUAACCAUUUGACAUCGCUUGUCCAUGGCUUUGACUACUCAUAUAUAUACUCAUACUCAUACAUACAUAUAAUAACUUUAAAAGAAAUUGUAGGCAAUUAUUCAUUUUUUCGCGUUAAGAAUCAUUUCAGUCGCUGUCUCGUUCAAACGACUUCAAUAAAGUGACUGAACUAAGCCUAUAAUUCAAGGUAAUAAAUCACUGAAGAAAUCGAACGGGAAUUUUAAAUCAUAUGUACUAUUUGUUUUUUUUAAAGGAAUUUUAUGACCUGGUAACUAAGACCUUUAGGUCAAAUUUACUAUUUGUAUUAACUUAACUCGACAGAUUAUACACGAUUGCGUUCCAGAGAAAAUGAAAAUAUGUAAAACACGUUUUAAAAGUACUGACGUUGAUCUAGCUAGAACAGCCCCUUAAGCUAUCAGCAAAUAGACAGGGAAAAAUUGUCGUUGGUCGAUCUGAUUUUUUAAAACGAUUACUAGUUGAGUGAUUGGCUUUAAAUAUAGAAAAUUUAAGUAAAGCAAUACUAAAGUGUAUUCGCAUGUAACGUUAUGUACAUAAUGAAUUUUAGUCCUAAAAUAUAAUAGUUAUAAUCUUUUUUGAUUGAAAUGUUUGUGUUAUGUAUAUAUUUUUAAAUGAGCAGUAAAUAUAAAGAAACAGAUAAUAAAUUUAGAGAUUCAUACAAAUUGCAAUUUAGAAAAAGUGUAAUCAACCAGCAAACGAACAGUAAUAAUAAAACAACCCGAAAAGUUAUUGAAACAUUAUAUUUGUUAAAAACGGAUAAUUUUUUAAUUUAAAUAACAACAAUAAAAUAUACUAAUGUUAUUUUUUACCUCAGAAAAUAAAGACACCAUUCAACUGAAGCUGUGUAUUUGUCUAUGGUUAUUUCGUACAUUUGGCCCCAAAUGACGUCACGUUUAAUGAAAUUAUGUUCAGCUGAGUUCGGUUUAGUUUACCGCAAUUUGAAAUAAUUCAGGUUAAGUGUUACACGUGUAGUAAAACAUGAUUAGGAUGACUAAGUUAUUACAAAUUACAAAAUUUUCAUAAUAAGUAGAGGAAGAACUUAAUGUUACACCUGAGAUUAACAGUUUUUUUAAACACAAUAGUUCGAACUUCGGAAUUGGUUUUACAUUAUUUAACUAUGUAUGUGUUUUAUAUAAUGGCAUCGGAUAAGUACUACUAUAUCAUAUUUUUAAUUUAUGGUAAUUUAAAAUAGAAGUGUAAAAAUAAAUUUAAGAUAAUAAUAUAGUCCAAUACAAAUGUUACUUAUGUAAAUGUAUGAAUGAAUGAAUGCGUACUAAAGUUAUCGAUUAAAAGAAAAUGUGUAAAUAGUUUAUAUAUAUAUGUAUAUAUUUAUAAUAUUAUCAAGAAAAUACUAAAGUGAUAAUUUUCAUUACUGAAUACCGUGUAAAUAUUGGCAGUAAUUUUAUUCGGUAUUUUUUGUUGUUCGAAAUUAUCAUACAAUCAAAGAAAACUAAAUAUGUAUAUAUAAAAAAAAGACAAAAUUUAUGACAAUAACAAUUUCAUGUACACGUACUUAUGUCUUAUAACGAAUUAUUAAAACUAUCCCAGUUUAA